CUGAAACGCAUCUGAUCUUCGGAAAACGGUCCAAAAAUCUUUUUUCUUUCAGUUUCCAGAAUUAAUUGAACUAAAAUAUAAUUUUCCUCACAGUCCGCGAAUAGUGAUCAUAAAAAAAGAAGAAACAGCGCAAAUAAAACCAACAGGAAAACGGCCCUAAAAUAAAAUGUUAGUUUUCUCCAAAUAACAGAUAAAAUAAAUGGGAAAUAAAAAUCUGCUCCUGGAGGUUCUGGCGGUUUUUAGUUCGUUCACCUGAACCUUCCUCAGCCUCCUCUUCCUCAGGAGAAUAAAGAAAUGAAAACGGCUCCAACAGCAGCUCUCAGCGGACCUAUUUGUCACAGCAAAUUAGAGGGGGCCCUCAGCAGCCCACUCACAAACACGCACACACCCGCACCCACGCCCACGUCGUGCGUGAGAGGUUCCACGGCAACUCUGCGGAGCGCACCGCGGCUCCUCCCCGACUCCAGGCUUCUCUGCUCGGUCGGAGCUCCUGCAGCUGCUCCUUUAGUCAGUCCUGGCGCGUCCAUGUGAGCGUGCGCAGUUGAGCCCAAACUGCCCCCCCCCCCCUUCUUUUCUCAUCGCGGUCACGUGGCUGUGGAAAAGUGUCCCAUUAAUGAAGCUCCUCUCUGUCAGCGCCGUCAGCCGCAGGAGGAGCCGCGCACGGAGCUGAGCACGGAGCAGAGAGGGGGACAUGGAGGAGGAGACAGCCGCGUAGCGCAGCGCAGCAGCGGGCAGAGAGAGGACGAACCCCCGCGCAGCACCUGUUGCUGAGCCACAGGGAGGAGCUGAGGACGACAGAAGAGCGGCAGGAUAUCUUUAAAUCAACUUUCUACUCAACUUCCACUUGGAGUUUGGCUUCCAGCCUCAAACGGAACCAUGCGCACCAACCUGCAGCCCAGUUCGCUGCUGUGCGUAAAGACGCAGUGAGGAGCUGCGGGAGUUUGUAAAACUUUGGAGAGACUGAGACUGAAGUGAUUCCGGCCCGUUUCGGUUCAGCUCGGCUCGGAAGGAUGCCUCGGCCCGGGAGGAACACCUACAGCGACCAGAAACCUCCGUACUCCUACAUCUCCCUGACGGCCAUGGCCAUCCAGAGCUGCCCGGAGAAGAUGCUGCCGCUCAGUGAGAUCUACAAGUUCAUCAUGGACCGCUUCCCCUACUACCGGGAGAACACGCAGCGCUGGCAGAACUCCCUGCGCCACAACCUCUCCUUCAACGACUGCUUCAUCAAGAUUCCCCGCAGGCCGGACCAACCCGGGAAGGGCAGCUUCUGGGCCCUGCACCCCAACUGCGGAGACAUGUUCGAGAACGGCAGCUUUCUGCGGCGCAGGAAGCGCUUUAAGGUGGGCGGCGUGCAGGUGACGGACCCGCUGGGCCCCAGCAAGCCGCAGGACGCCGCGCACUACCUGCAGCAGCAGGCCAAGCUGCGGCUGAGCGCGCUGCAUGCCGCCGCGCACCUCCCGCAGGUCCCGGCCGGGUACAGCCUGAGCUCCGUCACGCAGCCGUCCGGCUUCAAGCACCCGUUCGCCAUCGAGAACAUCAUCGCCAGAGAGUACAAGGUUCCGGGCGGACUGGCUGCCUUCCCCACCGCCGGGUAUCCGCUGCACAACCAGCUGACCCCGGCCUGGCCGCACAUGUACGGCCCGGGCGUGAUGGACCCCGCGGCCCCCAUCUCCAUGGCCCCCGGGGACUACUCCGCUUACGGCAUGCCGCUGAAGACGCUCUGCCACGGCGGCCAGACUCUGCCCGCCAUCCCGGUGCCCAUCAAACCCGCACCCGGCCUGCCCGCGCACAUCCCGGCCUUCCUGGCCCAUUCCCCGCGCUCCCUGAGCCCGACCUCCCCCCACACAGCCACCGGCCAGAGCAGCCCGGCCGCCCCCGCAGAGGCGCUGCAGUCGGCGGUGGCGGUGCACUGAGCGCCCCGCAGGACGCGCGGAGCGUGGAGAGCUGUGAGACAUUUGACCGGCCCGGUUCUGAGCUGAAGGUUCGGUGGAUCCUGCAGAGACGUGAAGCUGAAGGAAACUCAUGACUCAAACCCAACUUGAUACGUUUGUCUCACUUUGUCAGAACUGAAGAGGAAAGUUUCGAUAAACCAAAUAUUUCAGUUUGUCUCUAAUAACUGAUGAGGAGAAAAACUGGAUCAGAACCGUUCAUCCAACCAGAACCGUCGAUGGACCGUCUGUGAAGCACUUUCUAAGGCCUCGCUCUUCUUGUCUGUGUCUGCAUGCUGCUGUGAAUCCUGGUUCUGGUCCAUCAGAACGCAUGAAGGCUGAACGCCGCGUCUCUGCUUCUGUUCUCAUCUUUUAUCAAACUCAUCCGCUGUGGAAAAAAUUUAAAAGCAUAUUUAAAAAGUUUUAUUUAUUUCUGUCUCCUGCUGCUUUUUUGAUAAUCCUUAUUUUCUUUUCUAUUUGCUGCAAAUGCCGAACCAUAAAAAACUAAAGAACAAUUUUGCUGUUUUUAUUAAAUUGAUUUUUAGGCAGAUAGAUAAAAUUGACCGAUAAUUAAUUCAGGUAAUAAAUGAGUAAAAACGGACCAACAGAAAAUAGAAAGUGAUUUCAGAACCACAUGAAACCUGGUCUGCGUGUUUCUGCUGAGCAGGUAGAGGAGCCGCGAGAAGCUCACCUGUGGACAGGUGAGCUUCUCGCGGCUCUCCUGGCCGGCGCAACAACCAGCCGCUCAGUUCAAACCGUUUUCAUUCACAUUUAAACUUCUCCUGGUAAUUUAGGCGAAAAUAAAAAUUAUUUGAUGCUUUAUUGAGUCGCAGUUUCAGUUUUCAGCGGUUUUCAUUUUUAUGGUAAAAGAAAAUCAGAAGUUUGAACAUUUUUGUGAAUCAGGAUAAUUUUAACCUGACGGUCAUCGCGUUCUGAGCUCACUUCCAUUUAUUAAUUUAAGCUUUUGGUUCUUUGUUACUUUAUGUUCUGUAAAAAAUAGAAUAUGUAUUUUUUUCCUUUGUGUUUAAUUUGAUUUGAUCCCAAAAUGUUUGUGGA